AUGGUGACUGCAGCCCUCGUACUCGCGCUCGCGGCCUCGGCCAUGGCCGCACCCGCACCCAGCCACGCUCACGCUGAGCGCAACCUCGACCCGCGCCUCGGUCCCGUCCACGUCGGUAUCAACACCGUCCACCACGAGGAACGCACGGCGCACCACAUCACCCGCGACUUGGCCCGCGUCAAGGCCAGGUAUGGCCACAUGAUCAACAUGCCCCUUGGCGGGUCGCUCGACUUGAACUUGGACUUGGACUCAAACUUGGUCAAGCGCCAGAGCGCGAGUGUCGUCGUGUCCGCAACCGCUCCCGCAAGGAGCACGUCCAGUGCCUCUGGCGAGGCCCAGAUCGUCGGCCAGGCGGGCGCGCUCAACGCCACGGGAUCGAGCAACGUGUCGGCUUCGACGACUGAGUCUCUGACCAACUUGAACAGGGAUGUAUACUACACCAUCCCUGUGACUCUUGGCACUCCAGGAACCACUGUGGAUGUCACGUUUGACACCGGCUCGUCCGACCUGUGGUUCAACUCGCGCAACGUCUCCAUGUCGGCGUCGUCGACCUACAAAUCGACGAAUGAAACCCUGGAGCUCCAGUACGCUAUCGGCUACGCAAAGGGCACGUACGCUACCGACACGGUGGCCGUGGCCGGCCAGGUCAUUGACGACUUCAAGUUUGGAGUUGUUACACGCACGUCAGACUUUUCGGCACCCAUGGCAGGCCUGCUCGGCAUGUCGUGGCCCAUGACCAACACGACUUCGGGCAAAAACUAUACCGACCCCUUCUGGCACGCCGCCGUUGGAGGAUGGCAGGACAAACAGUUUGGCGUCUACUUGGCGCGCAACGAGAAGACAACCGACCAGAACGUCGCCAAGCCCAUUACGCCCGGCGGCCAGGUCACGCUGGGCGGUGUCAACACCGACUUGUUUGACGGCGACCUCACCUACAUCGACCUCGUCAACGCCACCAGGCCCGCAUACUGGGCUGUGCCCCUCGACGCCAUCACAAUGUCCGGUGGCGGUGGCUCGUCGACCGCCAAUUCCGUCAACCCCGGCAACGCGUCGGCCAUCAUCGACUCGGGUACCUCUGUCAUUCUCGGCGGCACCACGGUGGUCUCGCAGAUCUACCGCAGCCUGAAAAAUGCCCAGCGUACCGGUUCUGGCUCCUCGUACUGGGCCGCCCCUUGCGACAGCUUUAACAAGUGGAGCGUGGGCUUUACCUUCGGGUCGCAGACGUACAACAUUACGGGUGACGACCUCAUGUACGCCGCGCACCCGUACAGCACGGGCUACUGUCUGGGCGCCAUCCUGAGCGCCGACGGCUACGACGAGUGGCUCAUGGGCGCCCCCUUCAUGAAGAAUGUGUACACUGCCCACCGCUACGACCCGCCCUCGAUCGGCUUUGCCCCCCUCGCCGCUGGCGCGGCCAAGGCAAUCAACGCCGGCGCCGACGCGGUCAGCGCCGCGUCUCCGCGUGUUCCCGCCGCCUCGGCCGCCCUUGGUGCCGUCGCGGUGGCAGCCAUUAUCGCUGCUGUGAUCUGA